AUGAGUCAUAAUCCAUCACUCGAAAGCCGUGUUGCAUCACUGGUCCAUGCGCAUUUCGAAGCACUUCCACAGCGCAGCAAACCGACUAUCCAUGGCAAUGGCAUGAGAGAAUGGAUUCCACUAAGUGGGAUUGUCUUGGUAACUAAUGAGAACACACCCGAGGAAGCUUUAACUUGCAUUGCUGUUGCUCAUGCCGAAAUACUUGCCCUUCGUGCCCUUAACCACUGGCUACUCGAGGAAUGCAAAUCUAUGUUAACAGCCCUUGAAAAACCAAACCGCAAAACUAACAAUUUACUGAAUUGCUCUGGGUCUGGAUUCCUACAAUGGAAUUUGGAUGAUAGCAAUACCCAGACAUCAAUACCCUGCCCUCCUUUUCGAAUAAAGGAAGAUAUUAAGAUAUGGAUGUAUUGUUCCUGUGCACCUUGCGGAGAUGCUAGUAUGGAAUUAUGCAUGGCUGCACAGGAGGAUGCUACACCUUGGGAACUUCCUGUUCCUGAAUUAAGAAAUACGGGAAACCCAGAUGGCCAGCAGCAAGUGUUGCUAAACGGCAGAGCCCAUUUUUCCAUACUAGGUGCGGUGCGCCGAAAGCCUUCCCGCGCGGACGCAGAGUCGACCCUUAGCAAGUCAUGUUCAGACAAACUGGCCUUGAAACAGGUGGCAUCUAUUCUCUCCUUCCCGACAAGCCUGCUACUUGCACCAACUCCAAAUGCAUACAUAUCCAAUAUCGUUCUGCCAGAGGAGGAACUGAGCCGUAUAGCAUGUGAAAGGUCAUUUGGUAGUGGGGAGUCAGGUCGAAUGAGGCCCUUAAACGGACGGAUAUGGGAAGUUGGGCAGAAAACCCCUGGAGAAUAUAAAUUUCGCCCUUUUAAGAUAACUCCACUACCAAUGAAGGAUUUUGAAAACAUGUGGAAGUACGGAAAACCUACCUGCAAGUCAUCGGAACAAAAAGUGAAAACUGGCAAUGUAUCUGCAGUUUGGACUGCGCCUCCGUCGAAUUCAACACGGCCACCUUUCACAACCAAAGGGAAUGAUAUCCCUACUUUCUCGGAGCCAGAAUGGUACAAGGCGUACUUUAAAACGCCGCCAACAAGCCUCAAUGAGUCUUUGAUAAAUGGAGUCAAACAGGGCUAUCGACUGAAUUCGCCUGGGUUUAAAAAGGCCAGUGCAUUAUCUAGAGCUAGGAUGUGGGCUCUCCUGCGCGAUAUUUUCAAGCUUCUAAACGACUGCGGUUUCAUGCCACAACAGCUCAAUGAUAACGAAGCCUCAUCUUUAUCUCAAAUUGUCCUUUCGGCUCCCUCGUAUGACUUUUUAAAGUCACAGACAGUCAUGAGCCAGUACUUGGAAGCUCGGGCCCAGGUAUUGAGGGAUGUACGGCUUGUUCUCAAGAAUUGGAUACGGAACUGUGGGGAUGACGCCUGGGAUCUCACCGUCCUCGAUACCCCGAUCAAAGAAAAGCCUCAGAGCCGCAGGCUUCAAGAGGAAGCCAGACAAUAG